UUGUUCACUCCGGAACAUAAACAUGAGCGUCGCGAGGAAAAUGUAAGAAGGCUCAUGCCCUUAUCUAAUUUAUCGUUGUUUUUUUAAAAUUAUUAUUAUUAUUAUUAUUAUUAUUAUUAUAUAUUGUUCUGUAAUUAAUAACAGAUAAAAUCAUACUUUCCUGAAAUGUGUUGUAUCAUAUCAAAACUAUUAUGGCUUUCCAAUCGUUUUUGGUUUUUUUUUUUUGUUACGGUUCUCCGGAAUUUCUUCGCCUGUAUCUAAAACGCCUCUGUGCUCCCUAUAUAAGGGCACUACAUAGGUUUUGGAAUAAUGGCUCCUACACUAUAAGUAGUGUACUAUAUCUGCAAAAGGGACGCGUUUGGGAUUCAGCCCGCUGUAAUACAAAAUCCGGAUUAACAAAUGAUGAACAAACCCAUUGUUAUUACUGUUCCGUUAUUGUCUGAUAAUAAUUUUACUGUUUAUUGAUUAUUCAGCUUGUUUUAUUCUUGUUAUAGGAUGAUUGACUGAAAGUAAUUUGCGACCUGGUGGGAGAGCCUGUGGCUUCAGAAGGAUAUGAAGUCUCUGGUAUGAUGGUGUGAUAAAAUGCAGAAUGUGAACAUCUGGAUUUUGAGGGAUGUUCUUCCUGACAGAUGUGCAUCAACUAACCUUAUUUGUUGUUGUUGUUGUUGUUUAAAUGAUGUGCUUUUAAUUUAAUGUGAUAAAUUACUGAUGUCAUACUGUGUUAAUGCCCAAUUGCAUAAUUUCUCUAACUGAAUCAUGUUUCCAUUUUCUGUUUAUUUAUUUAUUUUUAAUCCCCAUUCAGAAGUUUCGUUGGCUCCUCCUCCUCCUCAUCACCCUCUCUUUGCUGCUCUGGUACAAUCACGUAAGCAGAACAGGAGAAGUAGAUCUGGGACUUCGUGGCUACGUGAGAAUUUCACCUGGCAUCAGGUCAAGUUCACGUUACCUGGCGCUGCGCUGUGCCCGCUGUGCCGUGGUCUCCAGCUCGGGCCAGGUGCUAGGCAGCGGAUGUGGGCGUGAGAUUGACGGGCAUGAAUGCGUGAUCCGCAUGAACGCAGCGCCGGCACGUGGCUUUGAGGCUGAUGUGGGCAAUAGGACGACUGUCCGUGUCGUCUCGCACUCCAGUGUGCGACGCCUGCUGCACCAUGAGGCCUUUUUCUUCCGGCAAGAGGCAAACACACGCUAUGUGGUUUGGGGUCCUGAGCAGAACAUGAGGCACGACGGCAAGGGGCGAGUGUUCAAUAUGAUUGCCAAAAUGGCAUUGAAAUACCCAGGUACACACAUCUAUGCUGUGAGCAGGGAGAAGAUGAUGCAGUGUGAUCGCAUCUUCCAGAAUGAAACCGGAAAGAACAGAAUGAAGUCGGGUGCAUUCCUCAGCACCGGAUUUUUCACUAUGAUUUUUGCGCUGGACGUGUGCGACAGCAUUAAUGUUUACGGGAUGAUCGAUGGCUCAUAUUGCGGCCUCACCAAUUACUCUUCGGUGCCGUAUCACUAUUACGAGCCGAAUCGUCUGGACGAGUGCGGCAUGUACAAAGUGCACGAGCGUGCACGGAGAGGCGGCCACCGCUUCAUCACAGAGAAACAGAUCUACAGACGCUGGGCGUCGCAGGGAAAAUUAAAAUUCCAAUAUCCAACAUGGUGAGCUGAACAAGAACCCAGACACCUCUGUGCUAAGGAAUAGCACGCUUCGGGCCCUACCUCGAACUGCUGUAAGACAUCCGAAAAAGAUGACGGCGAAAACCAACAUAGGAACUGUGGUCAUGUUACGUUCAUCCGAAACCAUUUCAAUAUUUAUCCAUUUCAUCUAGUUAAGCUUUUGAUUUAGUGAUGAUUACUUACAGCAGCUAGUCUGUUUGUUUGUUUUUUUGUUCCUGAUUUCAUAAGGAAGCCCAAAGGAGAAAUCAGCAGUUAUUUUCCUUUGCGUAGUAUUAUUUCAAGGCUGUGCUGUGUUGUUAGGCCAUGUGAGAUCACAUGAGACGACAUCACGCUGCAGGAGUUAUGACUGAAUGAGAGGAGCUACAUGAUGAUGUGGUUAUAUGAGGUUGCAUAAGGCUAUGCUGGAUAGUUUCAUAGGGCCUUGUGAACUUGUACAGCUUUUCCACCACCAAGUGCUAUGGUUACUACUCUGAAUCCAGAUGUGUAUGUUCCAGGAUCGUGUGUGUGUGUGUGUGUGUGUGUUUCUCAUCUGUAAACAUAAGAGUUCUCUGUUGGACGUGAGGUUGUGACUUAGAAACGCAUCAAGAGGCUUUUGCCCCUCGGUAAAUAUAGUAAAUGAGCCAGUCGACAUGUGAAUACGGAACGAUUGGCAGUUGUGCAGGUGUUUUGAACUCUCCAGUCCUAGCCCCACCCCCUGCGUGUGACACGCGUUAGUCCCGCGUCCUCUCGGUUGCCACCGCUUUCUCUCAAGGUAAACGGAGAAGGUUUCGUGUACGUUGGUGUGAAAUAAAAUCAAUCAGUGUUUGUUCAACCUAGCCAACAGUCGCUAUAUACUACAGAGUGUCCUGAAAGUCUCCACGCAUAGCGACUAUGUACGCUAGUACCGUGUCGGUCGUGCCUUCGUCAGUAGAUCGUCGUGGGCGACCGCUUCUCGGUCGGUCCGCGACGCUUCCGGUCUUUAUUGAAUUUGUUAAUAAGUUUGUCAACAGUGUCGUGUGAGUCAUGAGAACGAACUAAGUAUGAAAACUUUUCGAAGGCAUUUAGCUUAAAAAAAAAAAAAAAAAAAAAAAAAAAAAAAAAGCAUCCUCCUUUAUUUCCUCUACGUGUGGAGAUUUUUGGGAAAUGCAAAAAAGGCUGAUCGUGGAAUCUUUACCUAGAUGCUCUUGCUAACUUUAAGUGCCAACACAGGAAAACAGGGAAUUACACACUGCUGCUUUAAUCUUUUUUUUUUUUCUCCCCUUUUUCAGAUUUAACAUCAGUAUUACUAAAAGCAAGCGUUUUCCCCUUUGAAAGCCUUGAACUGCAUACAGACUAUCGCAGCGUGAUAAUGUUUACAGACCGAUGACUGUCUUUCAGGUCUGAGCGAUAAUAUAUUCAACAUAAAUAAUAUAUUAUUAGUAUUAUUAUUAUUAGUAUUAUUAGUACAGGCCCUUUAAAAUGCUGUCACUACUCCUGCGUCUCGUUCGGCAGGAAUCCGGACAGAACUUUUGCUCUGGCCGAGGAAUAUGUUUACAAAAGUGAACCGCGUGUGUCGUAGCUUUCAUGAAAUCUUUCUCAUGUUGAAAUUUAGCUAGCGAACAUAAACGUACCUACAAGAAACGUACGUAACCUCCUAACGUGCGCUCGCUACUGAAGCUAGCCAUGUUAGUCAUUUCCACGUUUGACCCAAGACCUGACCUCUUUAAAACAUGAAAAUGCCGAGCUUCCUUUGAGUUCGAACGUUGCCUGAUUUGACUUGUACAGAGUGACACGCAAAUACUGCAAAUAUAAAAGGGUUAUUGUGCCACAUGCAUUCUAGUCAAACCAAAGGAAUCCCUGAACACGCUGCUCUUUCACUUAUCCGCUCCUGUGUUUCAUUCAUUGCUGCACGUGGUUGUCGAGCGCACGUGUGAAAUUCUCAGCAGGAAACAUGCUAGCUAAAAUGUGUAUUCGUACAGACUGUGAUCACAGCCGUGGAUAUUUCACACAGAUGUUGUUACAUCAAGACCUGUUCCAGGAAUGUAUUUGAAUUAAUGUUUGCACUGAUUCUCAUUUUAUUUACGCUAUCAUGCAUAUUGAAACUGGCAUAGUUUACUGGCACUUUAUGCAGCUUGUAAAUCGCUCUAGGCUUUGAUGUUUUGCGGAGUGUUGGUCGAGAACGUCGGCUGGUUUGUGUGCUUUACGCGUGUAUGUUUCAUUUUUAAGCGGUACAUUCCUCUUUCAGUUAUGUCGUACAGGAAGGUCCUUUAAACGUUAAACUUUACCCGCGUGAAAAUACGUUAGGAAAGGGUUUUUAUUAAUGUUGUGGUGGCCUGGGGAAACCCCUUCACGUGGUCGUAAAAAUGGACAUUUUUAAAAAAAAUUUAUUUACUAUAAAUAGUUCUGGAAACCAUGACAUAAAUUAGAGAGACAGUACAUUAAAUUUGUAGUUGCAAAAGUAAAAAUGUACGACUGGUCCAUCGUUGUCGAUAGCUCUUUCUACUGCUGCCUUAUACUCCUGAUACAUAUUUGUGACACAUAUUUGCAGUAAACAAUGCAAAAUUUUAAAUAAAUAAAUAAAAUUCUCCAAAAAGGUUUUCAUUUGAUUCACCUUUGUAAUUGAACCAGAAGUCAAAAAGGAGAGCAUUGUACAUUUCAGUGUCCUUUCUGACUAGCACAGGUGCAUUGUGGAAAUUUUGACAGCUUAUAUAUAUAUAUAGAUAUAUAGAUGUAUAUAUAUUGGCAAUACUGUACUUUUUAUUUCUUGUCUGUUUGUGAGAAUUCAGCCCCUGCAACAUCCAAUGAGUUUUCCCAGUCCACCACCCAGUCUGCUGUAGUGUCAAUAUUUAUUGUAUAUGUGCUAUAGUAGGGUUUGAUGUAUGAAAUCAGAUUAGUGUCAAAAGUCAUUCUUGGAGUAUCAAAGUAACUGAAAGUGAAAACAAUGAUCUCACAGACAAAACAUAGGAAUUAGGCUUCCAAAACAAAAGCCCCCUUCUUCUGUCAUCUGCUCUUUAUUUUGUCUGAUCAGAAAUAGUCUUCACCGUCACCUUGACUCGAUCACUCGGCGUUCUCCUUUCUGGUACUGCGGUUUUCCGUUAUAAUUGGGACGCAAAACUCUUUUAAGUGGCCUGGUUUUUGCAGAAUUACAUCUCUAUUGAAUCGUGAGGUUUGGAGUGACGUCUCGAUCCUUUGGCGGUAGAAAGAGAGCGCUCCGCGUUAAGUGAGGUCAACUAGCUAGUGCACUUUAAAGCGGUUGUAAUGUGACCGUUUAAUAUGAUAUUGGGUGAUGAAAUUUGGGGAAGUGAUAUGAUAUAAUGCUGCUCUCUAAAUGUCUGAGAUAUUUGUGAAAUGAUUCAAAAAUCUUUUGAGAUUUUUUUUUACAUCAAAAUUGCUUUAAAAACACUUAGGGGGGGGAAAAAAAAAACACUUUGGUUUUAUUUGGAAUCCUACAUGAGAAAAGAAAUACCUAGAUGGAACCUUUGCUUUUAUUGUGAUCCUUUUUUUUUUUUUUUUUUUAAUACUUUCCACACAAAUCCGAUUUCAUAAUUUAGUCCUCAGACAUGUCAGUGGGAAAAUAAUUCCUUUCGUUCUUAUUUUUGUCUGGUUUUUUUUUUUUAAAAAUAGAUUUUACUUGAUCUGAUUUCAAUUUUUAAAUCCAUAGUUUGUAUUUGUUUUCUGGUUCAAAAUAUUUUCAUCCGAUCCUACAUUUUACUUUCAUCUGUAAAAUUACUGUAUUUUUUUUAAAUUAUUUUUUAUUAUACCUUACAAUGCAUUGAGCUGCCUGAGCACUUGUUUUUAAUAACUAAAAAUCUGCUUUACACCUACUGUGAUUUUAUAAUCUCCAACAAUAUUUUGCAUCGAUAUUUUCAGUAAAUGUAAAGCUGGGGUCAUAGGAUUAUGUCCUUUUGCAGCUGAGCCAAUUGUUGUUGUUGUUGUUGUUGUUGUUGUAAACUAUUUAAAUUAUAAAAUAGAUUUUAUUUGUUUAAUUCACCGCAACUAGAUUUGCAUCCAGAAAUAUUUGUGUUGCAGCAUUUCCAGCCCUAUAGCAGGGUUUCCCUGAUAAAAGAUUCGUCUCAUGGGUUUAGACCGGGGAAAUCAAACUCUGCUGCACUUGUGCACUGCUGCAGCGCUGUAGCCCACAUUCAUGUUUUUAUACUGUCACUUUGAUGUAACCAGGCAAUCUUUGAUACAAUUUUGAUAUAAUAGCAUAUGUUUUUUGGCUGAGAAAUGAAUAUGUGUAAAGAAAAUCAAUGUGUCCGCUAAUAGCAAGUUCAGUGUAUUGUCUUUAUAUUUCAUAAUCCAGUUAAAUCACUAAUAAAACUGCACCGUAAAAACAUCUUUUUAAAAAAUCUUUCAAAUAAAGCAACUGCGUUGCCAAGA